AGCCAAAAGACUAGCAGCAGUUCUUUGGGUGUGUAUACGUAGUGGCCGUCUCUCUCUCUUUUACUUUUGGGUUGGACUGGUGGUCGGUUGGUUCUUGUCCGUCAGUUGGGGCUCAACAUUGUCGGCCAUCGGACGGGACACGUCUCUCCCACCCAGCACAGCACACACGAACUCUCUCUCAAUCAUUCCCCCCCCCCCCUCCAGCUUCGUUCAAACAUUUUUUUCAUUUCACUUUUGGUCCAAACGAAUCGAUCGUAAUGAAGUUCACGUCGUGAUUGUGCCACCGCGUUCCAGUUGUUGUCUCGUCCCGUGUGUUGUGUCCCGUGUGUUUUUUCUUGUUCGACAUUUUGUGCGGGUGAUCAACAACAUGCGACAAUUCUUCCUGUUGUAACAACAACAACAACAACAUCGACAACAAGUUGAAUGUUGGGUGAAAGUUUCGUCAGCGAUGAACGACGGGCAGUGCCAGUGCCAGCCAAUCCCGUUUUGAACUGAGAAAAACUUGAAAUUCACGAUCGUUUUUUUGUUGUUGUGUUGUUGUGUGUGUUGUUGUGUUACCGAGAAAAUAAAAAACCUGAAAACUCGUUGGCCAGCACUCUGAAUUUCGUGUAAACUUUGAAUUCAGAAAUUUCGACUGGGGCCAGAAGAUUAUCGGAUUAAAUUGUCGUCGUCGUCGUCGUGUCCGGCCGUUGGAUUCCAAAGUGAAAAGAAAGAAAAGUGUGUGUGUCUCGUUUCGUGUUGUGUGUAAUAUUUUCACGACGAAAUAAUAAUAAUGGUGAUGGCCGUGAACGCCGGUCGCUGGUUGGUGUUGGCCGUCGUGUUGGCGACGUCGUUGAUCGGCGGCAAACCGUCCGACGCCUUUCAAAUCGCGAGUUUGACGGCGACCAAUCAGAACUGCACCAACGAGGGCCAAACGGUGGUCGUGAAAAUCGUCGAGGAAUUCAUUCCCUGCAUGACCUGCAUGUGCAAGGAUGGCCACGUCCAGUGCAAGAAGGAGAUUUGUCCCAGCACGGGCAACUGUUACGUGUUGCAACAGAACAAGAGCGCCGCCGCCAAGUGCUGCCAAGUUUGCAAAGGUUGCCAUUACCAAGGUGUUCAUUACCAGAGCGGCAGCCAAUGGAACGAUCCCGACGAUCCUUGUCAGACGAUGACGUGCCAGGGCGGCGUGGUGACCCUGUCCCGUCAAACGUGUCGCUGGAAUUGGCCAGCAGACGGACAACAAAUGGCCAGCAGCGGGUCCGAGCCGACCAGCAGCCAGGACGGGACGUGCCAUCAUCUCUUACCGCCCAGGACGGGCGAAUGCUGCCCGCGAUGCAAAACCUGCAAAUGGAACGGCGGCGGCGGACGCAAUAACGUGACAACAACCGACCACGGCCAAGGCCCAGUCAGUCCCGACCCGCAAAAGGAGCCGUGCACUCUAUGCCAAUGUCUGCCAAACGGACAAGGCAUGACGUGCAUCCGCCAGACUUGCCCAGUCUUGCCCUGCCCGGCUAAUAAAGCCCUCCUUCAACCGGGCGCUUGUUGCCCAGUCUGCCAGGGCGUCCGCAAGGAGAUUGUCCCGUCUCCGCCGUCGGCCAUCAGCAGCAAUUGUCACAUUGGCAAAAAGACGUUUGAAUUGGGCGCCAAAUUCCGGCCGGACCCUUGCACCAACUGCACGUGCCAGGCCAAUUCGACGACGGUGUGCGUGCGGGACAACAGCCGACGACUGGGCGGCGGCGUUGGCUCCUGUCCCAACGUUCACCCGGCCACCAUCACCGUGGCUCCUCCUCCAGCAGCAGCCGGGACGGGCGAUGACACGACGACGGAGCCGUCGGCCUUGCCCGUCGUCGAUUCCUUCCAGCGGCAACAAGAAGCAACUUCGUCAAUUCCGGCUGGUAGUGGUAAAGUCAUUGGGACGGCGGGAGUAGCAGCUGCGAUGGCGACGCCGACGGCCCUGCCGGCCUCACGACCUCUGACCUGCGCCUACCGCGGCGUCACUUACCAGGACGGAGCUGGUUGGUCGCUGGAUCCGUGCACUCAAUGCAGCUGCGCCCAGGGUGAAGUCCGCUGUGCUGUCCAGCAGUGUCCAGUCUACCGGCCCAAGGAUCACAACCCGAACCGGCGCAAACACAAAUCCUCGUCGUCGUCGGCCGAUUCUCCUUCCGACUCGUCCGCAUCCGCAUCUUCUUCUCAUUCCGGCAACAACAACAACGUCCAGCCAACUCUGCAAGGGGGAGGUAGCAGCCAACCUUGUCCACCUGGGCGUCAUCCCGUCAAGGAGCCGGGCCAGUGCUGCCCCAAGUGCGUGGAGGACGAUGCCGUGUGCACCGUGUUUGGCGACCCGCACUACCGGACGUUCGACGGGCGGGUCUUUAAUUUCCAGGGGGCCUGCAAGUACCUGCUGACUUCCGACUGCCGCAAUGACAGUUUCUCCGUCCGGGUCACCAACGACGCCCGUUCCUCGCGCUCCUUCUCCUGGACAAAGACCGUCACUCUCACGAUUGAAGAUUUGAAAGUGACGCUGGGCCAGAAUAUGAAAGUCAAAGUCAACCACAAACGAGUGUCGCUGCCGUUCGUCAGCCUGGGCGUCCUCUCCGUCGUCCAGGAGGGUUACAGCGUCGUCGUCCGGACGAAUCUCGGAGUGAAAUUGCUGUGGGACGGCGAGAGCUUCCUGGAAGUGACGGUGCCGCCGGCGUUCAAGCGCCGACUCUGCGGCCUCUGCGGCAACUUCAACGGCCGCCGGCGCGACGACCUCCGCAUGCGAUCCGGCCAAUUGGCCCAAACCGUCGAACAGUUUGGCGCCUCCUGGAAAGUGGGCGGACCCAAAUCCUGCAGCAGCGCCACUUCCAGUUCUUCAUCUUCUCCUCACCAACGGAUAGAACAGCCAUCGCCUUCCUCCUCCCUGGAACACAACCAGCGGCGACUGCAACUCCAACAACAACAACAACAUCCCAACCAAUUGGCCAGUUCUUCUUCUUCUUCCGCCAUCCGGAAAAAGACGACAGUAGCGGCGGCGACGGUAGUGACACCGGCGGAAGAGCCGCUGUGCCAGAGGCAAUGGCACAUUCGCAUCCGGGCCGUCCGGGAGUGCAGCGUCCUCAAAGCCGCCACGUUCGCCCAGUGCCACCCUCAAGUCAGUCCCGUUCGGUUUUUCAAAUCGUGUCUAUUGGACAUGUGCGAGUGCCCGUCGGGAAAGCAGUGCUACUGCGAGGCCUUGACGGCCUACGCUCACGAAUGCGCCCGUCACGGCGUCACGCAGAUCGACCCCAAAUGGCGGGAGGUGACGGCCUGCACCGGCCACCACCACCACUCCUCCUCCUCCUCCUCAACGACCAGCGCCCUCGUCACUCAACUCUGAAAAAAUAAAACAAAAAUAAUUAAUAAUAAUUAAUAAUUAAAAUAAUAAUAAAAAACGACAAAUUUUUGUUCAUUUUUUCAAAAAAUGCCAAAACUCGUUCUCCUCCUCCUCCUCUUCCCCGAGCGCCAUCUUUUCUUGUCUGUCCAAUUUCAGAUUGGAAAAUUGUUUUUCUCUUUUCUCUCUCUCUCUCUCACCCAGUGGCCAUCAGCAAAUUGUUUUGACAAACGGACAAAAAAAAGUUUCACGAUUUUACCCGAUUCAUUUUAAGAAAAGAAAAGACAAAAAAAUAAUAAUCCGAUCAAUUGUUUUUUUAAAAAUCCCCGAAAAGAAAAAGAGAAAAAUUAUCGGUCCAAUGCGUUUUUCAUCAUUCUACUAAUUAUAAUUUGAUUGUCCAUAUGAAUAUUAAAAAAAUUGGCCAAUCAGCUCCUCCUCCUGUGUCUGAUGAAUCAAGUCAACUGCGUGUGGCUCUCGUCGCGAUCUCUUCCCUCCCCCGCCCCCUCCUCCUCCUCUUAUUCUUAAUUAUUAUUUCAUUAUUGAUGAUGUAAUAUCAUUUUAUUAUUUUUGGCUUUUUUUUUUUUUCAAUUUUUUUGUUCCAGCCCCCAACAUUAUUUGUUUUGUUCGUCGUCGUCAUUCUCAUAAUUUGUGCGUGUCUUUUUUGCUGGGGAUGUUCCACAUUCAAGUGCUGUAAAUAACUAGGCCUCUUUUUAUAUAUAUUAUAUAUAUCAAUUCAACCAACA